GGCAAACAAUGAGGACAAGUUUAGCAAAGCUACAUUAAAAAUAUUUUUUUUUAUAUUUUUGGCAAAACUAUCACAAAUCUGAUGGACCUUCUGUUCGACUCUAAUUUGGAAAAUAAUCAAACAAUUUUAAAUCUCCGUCUAAUUCUAUCGCUAGUGUGGAUUAUUAAGAAAGAUUUUGAAGUUAAGAGCAUAUCGCCACCCACUAUAGGGCAGUAUGCCAUGAAUGCGUUAAGUCGCCAGCAUCAGGGUGAUAUGAUCGAAAGAAUCCUUAAAAUAGUUCAAGCUGACGGAGAUAUUGUUAUCCCAUGUCAAACUGAGGGCGAACUCCAUCCUUUGGGUAUAUUGGACAUUGUGGAGGGUACUGGAGCAUUUCAAGAAAGCCAUUUUCGUGCAUAUCCUAGGCGGGAGAAGUUUAUAUGGUUUUUGGAUAGUCUGGAAGCUUACAAGAACUUGGAAAAAGAAAUACUUAACCCCAAGCAUCAUUAUCAUCACAAUGGAUAUUUUCUGCUUGUAUAUACGGGCCAGGAGCAAGACCCUAUGCCAUUUAUGAAAACGGUGUUUGAAAGUCUUUACGGAAUUUACAUAACCAAUGUCAAUAUUAUGCUGCUAGAGGAUCAACAUCCUGUGCUGUACACCUAUUUUCCUUUCGCCCCCAACAAAUGUCAUUCCCCAGAUCCGGAAUACUUAACCUCCUUUAAAGGCAUUGAGAGUUAUGCUAAUUUUACUCUGAAUAGAAAAUUAUUCCCGAUCAAAGUGGCAAACAUGCAUGGAUGCAAUUUAACCAUAUUAACAUGGGAAUACCUACCCUAUAUGAAGUUAGAGUUCAAUGUUGCAACCGGUAAACUAAGACUUGAUGGCAUAGAGGGAUCUCUAAUCACUUUAUUGUCAGAACGCAUGAAUUUCUCGUUGACAAUCAAGGAGGCUAAGACAAAAGAUAGGGGAGUAGUAUAUCCCAAUCAGACAGCUACAGGAGUUUCAAAAAUGAUGAUCAACAAAGAAGCCAAUAUCACCAUAGUAUGUUAUUUGUACUCCAAGGCUCGUGCUGAGGUUAUGCUGCCAAGUCGCAGCUAUCUGGGUCUAUCCUUUUACUUGGCUAUUCCCCACGGAAGAGCCUUAAAUCCAUUUGAACGUUUAAUGAAACCAUUUCACUAUAUAAUCUGGUCAUGCUUUAGCUCCAGUCUAAUAUUUGCCAUAGUUUUCGUAUGUCUAAUUCGCUUCAUGGGUAAAACGCAAUUGCAGGACUUCCUACUUGGCCCAAACAAUCGUACACCACUCUUAAACCUUCUGUUAACUCUGUUUGGAGGAGUGAUUUAUAGGAGCUUGCCAUAUAGGAAUUUUGCUCGCUACAUACUCACCUUGUGGAUUAUUUACACUAUGGUCUUAAGAACAGCCUAUUUGGCAGAGCUUUUUAAAAUACUCCAAGAUGGUAAUUCACGCAAGACCAUGAGCACCCUCAAAGAUGUUGUGGAGCAGAAUUGCACAGUUUAUGCAUUUCCCGCCGUGGUUGAUGUACUCAAAUCUCUGGACUCUCAUAUGAACAUCAGACACUUGGAUGGCAAAAAUACCCCUCAGAAAAUUCUAGAGAGAUUGACUGAUCCCACGAACAAGGAAAAUAUAGCAGUGUGCCUUUACGACUUCUCUUUAAGGUGGUAUAAUCAAGUGAAUCCAUCACGUAGAGUUCAAGUAUUACCACAGCGUCUUAUGACCUCUCCAAUUGUGUUUUUUAUGCCUGCCCACUCAUAUUUGAGUUUUCAAACGGGCGAAUUGAUUUUCCAAAUGUUACAGUCGGGCAUUACGAAACGGUUAGAAUCGUUUUUCCUGCACACAACCUUGAGCGGAUCAUUAGCAGAAGAUGAACACUCCAUGUUAUCCUUGAAUCAGUUAUCGGCAGUAUUUUGGAUAUAUGCAGCACUUUUGCUGCUUAGUGUGAUUAUAUUUGUUGUGGAAUUGUGUAGUAAAAAAUCGAAACGUAUGCGAAAUGUUAUAAAAUCGUUAAGUAAAUAAAGUACAUUUAAAAGUUUAA